GGCCGGGCCGGGCGCACUGAGGCGAGCGGCAAGGACGCGCGGACGGCGCCGAGCGACCGAGCGACCGACCGACGAGGGCACGCCGGCGCAGCCAGCGCAGCGCGCAGGGUCUCCGCGGCGCCGCCCCACGAAGGAGCGCACGCAGGACCGGUACAGGUAAAGGAAACCGUGUGCCCAGCCCAGGAGGACGCCCUCAUGGCAGCCAUCCUCACCGCCGCCCGCCUCGCACGGCCACUCGCCCAGUUGGCAGUAAAAGCCCCUCACCUCACGGAGGCCCCCGCUGGCCGGCAGUCCCUUCCAGAGCUCCCUUUCUCAGCCACCAGCCUGCCGGGCCGCCGCCCCUAUGCAACGGAGGUGGAGGAGAUCGGCGAGCGGCCCGUCCUCAUCACCGGCUGCGACUCCGGCUUUGGCUUCGCCCUGGCCAAGCACCUGCAUGAGAAGGGCUUCAUCAUCUAUGCCGGCUGCCUGCUGAAGGAGCAGGGCCGGGGUGGUUCCAAGGAUCUGGACGGCAUGAAGAGCGACCGGAUGAGGACGGUGCAGCUGAACGUCUGCGACAGCGAGGACGUCAACCGCGCUGUGGAGUACAUGACGUCCACCCUGAAGGACCCGCAGACUGGACUCUGGGGCCUCGUCAACAACGCCGGGAUCUCCACCUUUGGGGAGGUUGAGUUCACCAGCAUGGACACCUACAAGGAGGUGGCUGAAGUGAACCUGUGGGGCACCAUCCGCACCACGAAGGCCUUCCUGCCCCUCAUCCGCAGGGCCAAAGGCCGCGUCGUCAACAUCAGCAGCAUGAUGGGCCGCAUGGCCAACCCCGCCCGCUCGCCCUACUGCAUCACCAAGUUCGGGGUGGAGGCCUUCUCGGACUGCCUGCGCUACGAGAUGCGCCCCCAUGACGUGAAGGUGUGCAUCGUGGAGCCCGGCAACUUCAUCGCCGGCACGAGCCUGUACAGCCCCGAGCGCAUCCAGGCCAUCGCCGACAAGAUGUGGGACGAGCUGCCCGAGAUCGUGCGCCGCGACUACGGCCGGAAGUACUUCGACGAGCAGAUCGCCAAGAUGGAGUCGUACUGCGGCAGCGGCUCCUCGGACACGUCCCCCGUGAUCGACAGCAUCACGCACGCCCUGACCUCCACCACGCCCUACACCCGCUACCACCCCAUGGACUACUACUGGUGGCUGCGCAUGCAGGUCAUGACCCACAUGCCGGCCGCCAUCUCGGACCGCCUCUACAUCUACUGAGGGGUGCGCGCCCUGCGGCCGGAUCCAGGGAGGGAGCUCCCCGCGAAGGUUGCGCUGUGCAAGUCCCCCCGUAGUCGCUUGGUUAGUUGAUUCCCGAGCCCCGUAUGCUAGCCCUAAGCUGUUCUUGUUGUUGUUAACUUAUGCCUCUGAGCAGAAUUCGGACCCCCUGCAGGGUGUGCCCGGCGAGCAGGACCGAGCGCGCCGUCCAGAGGGAGCCAGUCCGUUCAUUCCAGCGGUCCCCGGGUCUCCUUCCUCAUCCAAGCAUCUAGACAAAUGCUUGACUUCAGUGGCAGCAGCUCUGAAGAACUGGGGCUUCUGGAGUCCCACCUUUGUGGAAUAUUGUUACGGGGAGGUGAGGUGGCCUCCCACCCAGCACGCCGUGGCAGCCGCAGCCCCACCAGGGCAGCCGGGAAGUCCUUCCCAGGACGCAGGGGCCGGACCUGGCAAGGCUGCCCACCUGCCCCGCGGGGCUUCUGCUGUCAAGGGCGGGUGCUGGAUGAAAGGAGCCCUCCCAAAAGGCAGCCACUCGGCUGCGCACGCUCCUUCCACGCGCUCAGCAGACCAGGCCCCCUCAGCUUCCACAGGAGCGCCCGUCCCCACGCAUCCCACAGCCGUGCCUGGGCCGCCCCGUCCUGUGGAGGGGGCAUGUGCAGGAUCCGCGCGCAUGGCCCCCUCCCUCCCCACACGCCUGUCCCCGGGGCCGUGCCUGCGCUCGUAGCUCUGUGGCUGAAGCCAGACUGGUGCCCAUGGACAGCCAGCGCCACCAGCCACACACUCCAGGGGGGAUGUAGGCAGGCUGUCCUUGGACCAGGAAGGAGCUCUUCCCAUGGGGCUGCAGAGGUCCAGCCCACCCCAUGCUGCCCCCCCAUCAGCUGGGGCCUGCCCUGCCACUCCACAGACCCGAGCCCCUCAGAGGGUGCAGCCCCCGAGGUCUUGCAUGGGCCCUCAGGAGGGGUCCCGGGCAGGCAGCGGGCCCUGCUGGCAGCCCGGCUGACACUCCAGGCUCCCCCCAGUGCUCUUUGUACUGACGGUCCCUUGGAGACGUUUUCUUGAUGCUCCGCAGGGGAACAGAACUCUCACUGGAAGCUUGUUGGGAGCGUUUGCAGCAGUGGGUGGGCAGGGCAGGGCAGGGGGCUGCAUUUCUGCAGCGAACUGACAACCCGAGGAGGUGCCUGUGCCCGGGUGCCUCUGCCUUGACUAACAUUAAAUGACAGUGACAGAG